UCAGGUGACUGGAAAAGAAGAUGGCACAACAGUUGUCCCUGUCUGUGACUGGCAAGCCUUCUCAAAGGACUCUUGCAAACCUGUUCCUGGUUUAAAGAAAUACCAACAUUUCAGGUUUGAUGCUGAUCAUCCAGGGAUGGUGUUUGCAAAGAAGGACACCGAAGGAGAAGAAGUUCCCUUUCCAGUUCUGAUGGCUGAUACGACAUUCCCAGAUGGAGAGGCCACACGGAUCAAACCUCCAGGCCUGCUCCUCCAGAGACAGCAGUAUCUCUACAAAUCAAUCAGGGAAUUUGUAGACGAUCCUUUCAAAGACAUUGUGUGCCCAAGACCAGAUGAGAUGCUGCCUGCAAAUUCUGACGAAGAAGAACUAAAUGAUACUGAGAAUGUGGAAAAUCGACGUGCACGCAGAGCGAUGUGCAAACACGGCUACACCAACUAG